AGGCAUUAAAUCAAGGCGAGAUUAUUGAAUUUAUUAAGUACGACCAGUUGGGGCAAGACGAUCAGGACCCUACAGAUACCAUUGAAGAACACCAAGAAGAAGAAUCAAAUUCAAUGGGGCAUUAGGACACUAGACUUACUAUCUUUAAGUUCCAAAUGAGCGCAGCAAGUCCCCUUCUUUUCCUCUUAAAACUGGCGUGGGACUGCAGAUUCCGGCUGCCCCUGCUGAUAACCGUCGGAUUUAUGGUGCUAGACGUGAGGAUGCAAUUGGACUUAAACAUACAAAUGAGACAAAUUCCUAGACCGAUGAAUGAAGCGAGACCUCAGGGGCAAGGACACGUUUCUAACAGGCAUAGGGAACAAGAUGGAGAACAUUCAGAUGGCAGUUUAAGUGAUAGUUCUUGGAGUACCGUUGACGAAACGGAGAUCACCGAUGAUGAGUAGGUGUCAUGACAAACAACAACAAAAAUAUAUGGUUUUUGUGAUAUUUUUAUUAAUUUUUAAACUUAUUUUUCAAUAAUUUUGGUACCUGUAGUUGCAUUCACAACUUGUUUAUUUAUCAAUUAACGUCUGAUUUUAGGGAUUAUUGUCUUAUAAACAAAUUUAUUCAAGUAAUUAUAGCUACAGUAAAACAAAUGUUAAACGGAAUUGUAAAAAUUCUAAACUAGUAAAAAUUAUAUUACAUGUAAAAAUAGAGUAUUUAAUAAACAUAAAUAUGAAUGAUUGA